CCUGAUCCUGGCGGUGUUCCGUCCAGCCUCUGAGAAGCCAGCCAAGCACUUUCCUCAGCUCCAAGUCGGGGCUGUGGAGGGCAACCCCUGUGUGUUCCCACAGGCUGAAUGCAGAAGAGACAGGAGGGGUGGGGAUCAGCUGAAGCUGUCUGCCUGGCUCUGCUUCCCCUAGGUGUUGCCUUUCCAGAAUCCUGGGUCGCAUUUUUCCCUGCAGUGGGGCUCCUGCCGGCUGCUUCUGGGAGCUUCCCUUCCCCAGAACAGUCCUUGGGGCCGGGGCCAGGGCCAGGGCCAGGGCUAUGUCUUGGCUGUGAAGAGUCUUGCUGGGGGCUGGAGCCUCUCCUCCGCCUUCGUGCCUUCCGUUGGGAGCUCUCUGUGCUAAAAACAAGCUUUCAGAGAACCAUAAUUUUUUUUUUCUGGGUUAAAGGUGAAAAAUGCAGCUCCUCCUCCAAGUGGAAAGCCCUUGGCCUGCCAACGCCGGGCACAUUUCCGAGAUCCUUCCUCCCACUCAGGGCGGCGGCAGCUCCCUGCGCCCGGAGGAAGAAGAGGAGAAAGAGUGGGUGGUGGGGCAGGGCCAGGGGCAGGUGGGAAGAGUGUGUCCGUUCCUCAGAGAGCAUGUCUGCGCCUGGGUGGAACUCAGAGGGGCUGCUGGCGUCGGAGGGGUCUGGAGACAGGGUCCGGAGGGUCCAGGAAAGAAGGGCGAGGCCUGCAGGCUGGAGGGCAAGGUGGCCGUGCAGUAUGGUGCCGGGCAGCCCGGGGGUCGUCUGGGAGGAGGAGAAGCACUCCCUCACCCAGCCCUGGCCAUUCUUGCUGCUCAGAACACACAGAAGUUCUGGGGAAUCUUCCAGACCCCGACAGGAGACAGAAGCUUCUCAGGAACCCUCUCUUCUGGCUCUCCUUCCCUGCUCGGGGCUCUCCUCAAACGCAGAGCCCCCCGUGUCAGCCUUCUCCAGGCACCAUUCAGGCUUAUCGAUGGGGCUUGGUGCCUGCGCUAUUAAUUCACUGCUCCUGGCUGCCGUUUCUUCCAUUUUACUGGACAGGACAGAGAGAAACUGAGAGAGGAGGGAGAUGGAAAGGGAGGCAAAAGAGAGACCCU